AUGAAACUUGCAGUUCUACUCUCUAUCCUCCCAGCUGCCUUGGCUUUCAUGGAUGCUGGUGCAUUCUUUUCUUCAAAAUCAGAUGGUUCGGGACUCAGAAAAUUGACUCUUGUUGAAUCUGAGUAUGUGGACUCAAUCACCAAUGACCUAUCAUCUUUAGCAUGUUCCAGUGAUGAAAAAUUGGUUAUCCACCGUGUAUCCGAUUUAUCAGUAAGGUCAUUACACAAGCAAUUGAACCUGAAGGUCAAGAGCGGGUUGUUUGCUAAGUAUGUCCACUACGACUCUCCAGAAGCCUUGGAAUUGCCGUUAUCAACCCAAUGCAAAGGUAACCAAAUUAGAUAUGUUGAUGCUGAUAACGAUGCAUCUACUUCUAUUGGGGAUGAGUCUGUUUUGGUGAUCAACUACGCUGAUGCAACUGACCUUGACUUCGAGCCAAAGGACGGAUCCAAUUUUAUCAUACAGGUAUUACCCUCCUUCAGCAAACCUGAAUCCACAUUGGAAGGCCUCAAACAUUAUGUAGAAGACCAAGUCAAGGAAAACUUCCACGUUGAGUUGGAUUUCGAUGACUUCAACAAAAGAGAUGAAGACUUAGAAAAAUACGAAGAUGAUGAGUUUAACCACCUUGUUGAAGAAGUUGAAGAAGAUUUCAGAGCAGCUGAAUCUUACAUCAUGAAGGAAGGCAACGACUUGCCAGUGAACAUCAUGGAAACUGAAGACAAGCCAAAGGCGUCUUCCACUGCCACCCCCAGCACCUAUCCUAACAACUUAUUCACAAACUACGAAUUUUUCACCCCAGGUAUCUUUUCAUGUCUCCUAGUAUCUGGAAUUCUCGUUGGUAUCUUGUACACUGCCUUGACGUGGCUUACUAGUUUGGAAAUCAGUUACAAGUCUUUCGACAAGCAAAUUGAUUUUGAGAAAAAGACAGAGUAA